CAAAUAGUGCGCCCUACUGACACCAUUGCGCAUGACUGGAAAAUGCAGAGAGAAGUGGGCCUACUGUUUUGAGUCGAAGGCUCUUGCAGCCCCAGAUCAAAACAAUCCACGACGUGAAGGUAUAUUGGAAAGGUAAGAACACCGUUCGAGACAUCAAAUUGAAAGGCACCCAUCACAGGUCUCUUGUAAAGGCAGAUGAUGCUCAAUGGUUAAAGCAAGAAUGUGAGCGUCUGUAUUGGCUGAUGUGGUCUGGCAUAUGUUAACAUUAAUUGGAAAGGAAGCCGUAAUGUUUGGCAGUAAUCUGCGCUAUCUGAAGUCAAGUACCAGCCCUAACUUCACGUGGAGUGGGACCUCACAAGGAAACAAACACGCUGCAGCUGCCUAGUGGCACUGCACCAAAUGUCUUCCUCACGUCUAAAGAGUCUUCCUCCAUUAAGGCAGCCCUGAAGCAACUCCAAGAUGACAAGUACUACAAGUAUUGACAGGGAUGAGGUUUUUGAUGGAUUGGAGGAAGAUGAGAAGGAUAAAGCCAAACGAGUUUCCAGAAACAAGUCAGAAAAGAAGCGCAGGGACCAGUUCAAUGUGCUCAUCAAGGAGCUUGGCGGCAUGCUGCCAGGCAACACGCGCAAGAUGGACAAGUCCACCAUCCUACAGAAAAGCAUUGACUUCCUGUGCAAGCACAAAGAAAUUGCAGCUCAGUCUGAGUCAAGCGAGAUUCGUCAGGACUGGAAGCCGCAGUUCCUCAGCAACGAGGAGUUUACACAACUCAUGCUGGAGGCUCUGGAUGGAUUUUUCCUAGCAAUAAUGACAGACGGAAAUAUCAUUUAUGUGUCUGAGAGUGUUACUUCCUUAUUGGAACACCUGCCUUCUGACCUGGUGGACCAGAACCUCCUGAACUUCCUUCCCGAAGGGGAACACUCCGAGGUGUACAAAGCCCUCUCUUCCCAUCCCGAAGGGGAAAACCUGAGCCUAGAGUACCUCAAGACCAAGAAUCAGCUAGAGUUCUGCUGUCAUGUGCUGAGGGGCAACAUGGACCCCAAGGAGACCCAGGUCUACGAAUACGUCAAGUUCAUCGGCAGCUUUAAGUCUCUGCAUACUGGUAACCCUUCUCUGGUGACCAGGAACGGCUUGGAGGGCGUGCUGCAGCGGGCACUGCGACCAGCCUUCGACGACCAAGUGUGUUUCAUAGCAACCGUGAAGUUGGUCAAGCCGCAGUUCAUCAAGGAGAUGUGCUUAGUGGAAGAGCCUAAUGAAGAAUUCACCUCCAGACACAGCCUGGAGUGGAAGUUUCUCUUCCUGGAUCACAGGGCGCCUCCAAUCAUAGGGUAUCUCCCAUUUGAGGUGUUGGGGACGUCGGGCUAUGAUUACUACCAUGUGGAUGACCUGGAGGCGCUAGCCAAAUGCCAUGAGCACUUGAUGCAGUAUGGGAAGGGGAAGUCAUGCCAUUACCGCUUCCUGACCAAAGGGCAGCAGUGGAUCUGGCUGCAGACUCAGUACUAUAUCACCUACCACCAGUGGAACUCCAGGCCAGAGUUCAUCGUCUGCGUGCACACAGUCGUCAGUUAUGCUGAGGUGAGGGCGGAGAGACGUCGAGGGAUGGGCAUAGAAGAAUCCCCACCUCAGAUCAAUGAUAAGAGUCAGGACUCGGAGUCGCAGCUGAACACCUCCAGCCUGAAGGAGGCGCUAGAGCGCUUCAGCCGGAGCCGCACACCCUCCUCUUCCUCCCGCAGCUCCCGCAAAUCCUCCCACACUGCCAUCUCCGACACCAACACCUGUGGCUCCACGCCCUCCAAGCUGCAGGUGGACCCCAGUACAUCGCCCCACCCAGCCGCUCCAUCCACCGUCGAGAUGAACUCACAGCGCCGCUCUUCCAUCAGCAACCAGUCCAUGUGCUCCCAGACCACAGCUCAGAGCACCACGUCAACUCUGGGGCCUCAGCCUCCGCCCCAGCAGCCUCCGCCUCAGCAGCAGCCUCAGCCUCAGCAACAGCCUCAGCAGCAGCCUCAACAGCAGCAGCAGCAGCAGCAGCAGCAGGUGCAGCCAGAUGUGCAGUUCACGGCCCAGCUGAAUGCCAUGCAGCACCUGAAGGACCAGCUAGAGCAGCGCACACGCAUGAUCGAGGCCAACAUCCAGAAGCAGCAGGUGGAGCUGCGGCAGAUCCAGGAACAGCUGCAGCGUGUGCAGGGCCCAGGAACGCAGAUGUUCCUGCAGCAGUCAGUGGGCGGUGGGCUGAAUGUACAGCUGCCCCAGGGUGGCACGGCCGUACUGGGAGCGGGCGCUCAGGCGGGUAUGCUGACCAUCCAGUCGGGCCAGCAGAGCGUCAGCAGCUCCGAGCAGGUGGCCGGAGCAGGCCAGCACACCACCCUCGCCCAGCAUCAGCAGCUGCAGCAGCAGCAGCAGCAGGCGGCAGCCCCCCAGCAGCAGGCCUUGCAGAGCUCCACCCUCUCACAGACUCAGCAUGCAUCACAGGGUGCUCUGCCCACUCCGCUGUACAACACCAUGAUGAUUUCACAGCCUGCCCCCGCCAACGUGAUGCCCAUCGCCACCAGCCUGGCACACAGUAGCUCCCAGGGCACCACCAUCACCACCUUCACCCAGGACCGACAGAUCAGGUUUCCAGCCGGUCAACAGCUGGUCACUAAGCUAGUAACGGCCCCCAUGACGUGCGGUGCGGUGAUGGUCCCCACCACCAUGUUCAUGUACAACCCCUUCGCCCAGCAGCAGGGCCAGGCUCAGGCCAUCACGCUGCAGCAACAGCAGCAGGGCCAGCCGCAGGCCGACUCGCAGACACAGGCCUCCCAGGGCCAGGUCACGCAGACAGGCAUCCCACAGCAGACGCAGCAGCAGGCGCAGUUCUUGCAGGGGACCCGUCUGCUUCACAGUAACCAGUCCACUCAGCUCAUCCUGCAGGCAGCUUUCCCCAUUCAGCAGCAGGGUACCUUCACCACGACCACCACACAACAACCACAGCAGCACCGUCAACAACCACAACAACAGCGUCAACAACCACAUCAGCAGCGUCAACAACAACUCAAGCCUCAGACUCAAAAGCAACACAAAACCCUGUCCAAUCACCAGACAGAUGGUGCCAGCACCCAAUCACAAUAAACCAAGGGGUGGGCUCUCAGCAUCUCGGGAGCCAGUCAAACCGAGCCCCUGCGAUUGUUUGACCCUGGUCUGGCCCUGUAAUUGGUGUUUUUUUAAUCGUUUUAAUUCUUUUGGGGAAGCUCAGUAUUGCCACAGGACCACAGAUGUUUCAUGAUUUUUUUUUGCUUUCCACAAUUGAAUCAUGGGUAAAGGGGAAUAACCCUGGAGUACAAAGGAACUGGCUGCCUAGUCCAUCAUGGAAUCAGACACCGCACAUGACCCUAAACCUACCCCACCCACCUGCCCCUGACAUCAUGGUAACUGUUGUCUGGCUUGGGUCUUCCAUAUCUUCCAUCAUCUGCUUUCAAUCAGGUGUUCCUGUUUUUUUUUUUUUUUAAAAGAGUAAUAAUUAUUUAUUCAAAUGGAGAAAAAAACUGUUGUUUGUCAUCUUCACCAAAAGCUCAGAGGGCCCCUGUGUCUCUGGAUGGUGUAGUGCACCUAAGGGGUUUGACUGAACAGUGGAUGUCAAACAGACUCUGCCUCUGUACAGUCCCUGUGUAACAUAACCUGUAAAUAUCUAGACAUAAAGGAACAAGAGAAGUGAGUAUUUUAUAAGAUGCAUGACCAGUGUAAACUUUUAUGGCUCUUAAUUUUGAUUUUUAAUGUUUUAAUUUUUUUUUUUGUAGUAGUAUUGUUCUGAACAGGGGGAAAUUGAGAAAGUUCAGAAAUGCUAAAGAUUUAACAUUUUAAAUUUUAAUCUAGAGCUUCUACAGAUUUUUUGGGGGGGUGUCACAGUUUGUUUAAUAUGGGAUUUAGGAUUGAAUGGAACACUUGGGGAACUUCAAUGGAUGUUCUUUUUCUUAUAGGUAUAUAAAUGUAACUGCAUAAAAUUAGCCCUUCUUCUAGAAGAAUCUUAGAUUAAACAUGCUUGAAUAUACCUGUAAAAAGUUAAAAAUCUCUAUACAAUGAAGUGCCAACAGGUGAACUAGUAAGAACUUUACGGUGUUUUUGAAACUACCUGUUAAAUCGUUAAAGCCAGUAGUUGUAAAACCUAACAUAGGCUUAGGACUGAUUUUUUAAAUAUAGUUAUACCAAAUCAUACCCUACCCACUCCCCAAUAUAUUUUCUAGCACUUACUGUGAUGAAACACACUAAAACAUGCUCCCCCACUUUCUGUGCCGCCAGUCUUUUAAAAUAUACACCCUAGGAUAAUGUAUGUAUGCAAGCACAUGUAUUUGUUGGAGCACUAGAGUGUGUAUGUGUGUGUGUGUGUGUGAGAGAGAGAGAGUACGCGCUUCCAGCCCAGGUUUCUUCCAUAACUUGCAAAAGAUGUUGAAGCUACAGAAUGGUACGCAUGCUUCUUCGUGUCUCUCAGGUAUAGGUAUACACACACGGUCCAUCCUCUGCUCCGGAAUGGUCACAGGAUUUGAGUGAGGGAAGGAGGGGGGCCCCUGAGCAGCCUCUGCUUUAACCCUAACCCACAGCUACACAGUCACAGUAAGCCAUAUCUAAUGCAAGCCUUUGCGUCAGUUGGAUCUUACACUAUGCUUUUCAGUGUUUGUGUGUGUGUGUGUGUGUGUGUGUGUGUGUGUGUGUGUGUGUGUGUGUGUGUGCGCGUGCGUGCGUGAGUGUGCACGUGCGUGAGUGUGUGGGAGGGAAUGUGUUCUUUACAGUGUGGUUUACGUCUCUCUAUGUACAUGCUGCAUACAGUGUUUAGAUUUUGGAGAAUGUCUGCACAGUUCAGGUAAAGUGUAAUGUGUGCAACACUUUGUGUGUGUGUGUGUGAGAGAAUGUGUGAGUGAGUGUGUGUGUGAAAAUGUGUGAGUGAGUGCGUGUUGUGGGAGACAGAUUUAGUGGAUGCAAGUGAGAAUGAAUAUAAAUGGUUUGUAAUGUCAUUAUCACACAGGGGUUCACCAUGUGUUACCCCUGGCGAUAACCAAUCAGUUCUUGCUUUGCAGUAAACAAAAGAUUCUAGAGACCUCCUCUUCGGCUAGGUUAGACGUUUACCUCUGAAGUUUCAAACAUAAUCCUUAUUGUGGAAACAUUUUUUUAUAUGAUACAAAUCAGAACCUACUUUAUUUUCUUACAGCUUAAGAAGUUUUAAUUGUGCAGGGGGUAGAUAGUGUGGGCAAAAGAGACCGUCGCCACUGUUGAGCUGAAGAAAGGGUUUGUCAGUGGGGACAGAGGACAAAAAAAAAAGAAUUAAACAAGCUGUGACACUCAGGCUUUGUUGAACGAUCUACUUCCAAAUAUGACCACCUUUCAUUUAAACCAUCCCCUUGUUUACUUUGUUGAUGUUGUUGUUGUUAUUGUUGUUGCUACUAUUGUUGUUGGUGGGUUGGUUGUUUUUUUUCCGUUUGUUUCCAUGGACAAUGCAUUUAUUAUUCAGUGGUGUAUUCCUCACACACAAAUGUCACUCAAAUGCAGCACCCCUCUCAAAUGUAUGCCAAGUAAAUGGAUGGACUAAGUCAUGUCUGUAAUCUUCAGUCAGAUCAACAUCACGUCCAGAUGGAGGAAAAGGGAGCCAUGCAGAAGUCAUAUUUAAGGAGAACUAAAGAUUUUUACGCAGGCUUCUCUGCCUUAUUCGGAAUAGUGAACAUGUUAAUUGGUCAUCAUCAAUACUGUAUGUAAACAACAUGAGUGUUUUUGAGAUGUUCUAUGGUGCUACACUACAGUAUAGAGCGUGUCAUUGAAGUAUGCUUACAAAAAAAAAAACAUGUCACAAUGGUGUCUCAAUUGAAUUAUCACAUAAUUUUGCAACAGUUUCGUAGAAGAGUUUGCCAAUAACCCCUGCCCCUUAUUAAUAUUCAAUAUUAAAAUAAACAAUACAACAAA